AUGACAAGACUGGUUUGGUUUUGCAUGCAAGUCGCUUAUUGCUUACACGGCUGGGACUGGGACAUCAUGGAUCGUGGACGGAGUUCUAAUAGCUAUGAUAGCCUAUGGGGUGGUAAAGCACGGGAUAACCCAAUAGUGUCGCAGCUACCGCUUCAAUACCGAAUAAGAAGUGCCUUGACACAAGAGCAGCAAACUGCGUACCAGGUCAUGUACAGAAUACAGGAGAUUACGAUCAAGUUAAGAACGAAUGACUUGAAUCCGCCAACCAGCAGGUACCGGUCGCUUUCGCCGCCGCCAGUUUACGAUUCUCAGGGCAAGCGGACCAACACCAGAGAACACCGCUACCGCAAGAAGCUAGAAGAAGAGCGACACCGUCUGGUGGAAAUCGCUCUGAAGAUGAUCCCGCACUUCAUUGCGCCCGACGACUACCGGCGGCCAAGCAAGUUCCAGGACAAGUACUACAUCCCGAUCAACGAUUAUCCAGAGAUAAAUUUCGUCGGGCUGCUGCUCGGGCCUCGUGGAAACACGCUGAAGCAGCUGCAGCAGCAGUCGGGAUGCAAGAUUGUGAUUCGGGGACGUGGAUCAGUGAAGGAGGGAAAGGCGGCCACGGAUUUGCCUAAGGGUGCCAUGAACAUGAAUGAGCCUUUACAUUGUGUUAUAUCAGCAGAUACGGAGGAAAAGAUACCUUUGGGGAUCAACGCCGUGGAGAGUAUCAUUAUCAAGGCGAUCACGUCUCCGGAAGGACAGAACGAUCUUAAGCGGGGACAACUGCGAGAGCUUGCAGUCCUAAAUGGUACCCUACGCGAGGACAACCGCCCUUGCCCUCUUUGUGGUGAGCAAGGCCAUAAAAAGUGGGAGUGUUCUUCUAAUCCUUCCCUCUCUAUGACAGUGAUUUGUCAAAGAUGCAACCAGCCAGGACAUGCAGCUCGUGACUGUACUAGCCCCCUCAACGAGUUUGGCAAACGGACCAGUGACGGACCGGAGUUUAGAGAAACGAAAAAGCUACAACAAGACGCACCGCCUCCAUCAGGUCCUGUGGGCUCACACCCUAGUGCACCUGGGAGUGGGUCUGCUAAUAGUGGCGUUGCUCCCGCUUCCCUGCAUCCUCCCGGGACCAUGGCACCUCCGGGGGCGCUACCUCCGCCCGGCUCCCUCGCUGCUCCGGGGACACUACCACCUCCGGCAGCGCUACCCGCGCCCGCAGCGCCAGGCACAUUGCCACCUCCAGUAGCCUUGCCUGCACCAGCUACACUUCCCCAAGCAGGCGUACCCCCUGCCCCUGAUGCAUCUCCAGCCGUCAAAACGGCUGUACCCAUUGAAGGGCCACCUGCCCCACCACAGACGGCGCCUCCACUACGACAGACAGCAGCUACUGCGUCGUCUGCCGGGAGUAGCCAAUCUGCUCAAGAAGAGCCAGAGAAUGCGCGCAAUGGCGUGGAGAAGGCGGCACCUGGCCCGCCAGCUGCCGUCUUACCACCACCACCACCACCACCACCACCACCACCGCCACCACCGUCUUCUUGA